UUAAAAUAAUUUUGGAAGUUACUGAUUCAGAAGCAGAAGAUAUCGGAGAUAAGCAUGCUAUCAUAACAUUAACUGCAUUUUUAUCAAUCAUUUGGCCUUGUCUUGCUUUAAUUUUGGUAUACUUAACACCUCCG